GGAGGAACGGUCAACCACCGUAGCACUGAACUAUCUAGCACUGCCAGUUAAGUACAGCAGCCAGGAUCCAGUGAAGCAUCAGCACCUCCUCUGCCUGCUCCAAGAACAACAGCGAGCGGUGUGGGACUCAUGCAGCAGGACACGCUAUCUGCUCUAUCUUGCGCAGCUUGGGGUCCAGGUCCUGUGGGGGGUGGUAUCCAAGAAAGUGGGUCUGCUAUGAGCGCUCUGAGCGGCGGUAGAGGGAGUAGUGUCGGCGUCAGCGUCGGCGGUCACGUACUUGGGUGGGGCGGUAGCCAAGCAGGGGGAGGCUGGUCCCGCUGCUGCAGUGAGCGGCCGCAGGAGGGGUGGUGUCGGCGGCCGAGUCCCUGUGUGGGGCGAUGUGCAACACAACCCUCACCAGGGUCGGGAGUUUGUGCCCUUAACGCCAACGGCGGCAGGGGAGGUGGCAGACCUGCGCGCACUCUGCCACUCUCUGAGCGGUGGUAGAGGUGGUGGUGCCGGCGUCCUGGGCGGGGCGGUAGCCAAGCAGGGGGGGCUGGUCCCGCUGUAGCAGCGAGCGGCCGCGGGAGAGGCGGUGUGCAGCCCUCACCAGGAGCGGGAGUUGGUGCCCUUAAUGCCAGCGGUGGCAGAGGAGUCGGCAGACCUGCGCUGACAAGGACCACACUAAACCGCCGGUGCUCCGCGUGUGGUGCAUUGCCUUCAUACGGAAACCAGAAAAAGAGACUCUGCCUGGACGAUAGGUGCCCGCGAUAGGCGUGCAGGGCGCGCUGCUACCACGGGUUCAACAAGAAUCGCCAACAGAAGUGCUGCGAGUGCCACAAAAGCAUCAAGACGUGGUGCGAGUGCAAAAGCUGCUCAAGGAAAACACGGGCGGUUCUACCAGCCAACCGGGUAUCAAGGGGUACGGGUUUGGUCGCCGGAUCAGGGGGCGGUAGGGGACGAGGAGCUCCGCGGCAUGUAGCCGUGAGCGUGAUUCGCUUGCCUGCAGCGGAUAUUGCUGUAAACACCACGCUGUCGGCAUGCAUCGCUGCGAACCAAAACCGGGUAGUGAAGACGGUGCUACGGAAUCCUGCGCCAACAGCGACGAACCCGAAGCCUUCACCGCGGAGCAGCUGCUCUAGGUUAGAGUGCCACACGUGAGCGAACCAUGAGAUACGGGGUGUAACCGGUUAGCCAUGUCAAACAGGGUGUGCCCAGUGUUCGCUUGCUGUUAUUUGUUGUUGGUUGGGUCAUGCGAAAUGGUGCACGAAGCACCAGGUCGAAGCUCCUUGAAGUAUUGGCCGGCCCGAUUAUGGCUGUUUUCAGAUGAGUUUCCUUUUGUCCAAGGUGUUGCUGAAUUGUCGUCGUUGCUGAUCGUCGUCCCAUGUUUACUCGCCUUGUUCGUCUCUCAGGAUGCUUCUUCAUCAGCGAUCGGUUAGCCAAACAGCGGGGGCCAACGCUGGCGUUCAGAGUGCUACGGGGGGCAUUUGCGAGCACGCCGCUGCGUCGUUGGAAGCGCUUGGCAAGAACACGGUGAUGGACGCGACGCCUAUCUUUUUCAACGGCAUCAACGGAUGUCCGUGCGCGGGUUUGACCGCGUGUAUCUCGCAAGCCCGAGCUAAAGCGUUCUUGCCGGAAGUCGAAGAAACGUUGUUGUUGGGGAUGGGGGCGGAGGCAAAAGACAUCGGCGUGUACCCAGUUGUCCAACUAGGCGAGUGGGGAUAAGCCAUGAGCGACAGGCGGAGUAGAACUUGCGAACUGGACUGGGCCCAUGUGGAGUACGACAAGGGUGACGGCAAGGGCAAGGGCGAGGGCAAGGGCGCGUCGAGGAGGAUCACUGCUGCCCGGGGUUUGAUGUGCAAGGCAAACCGGGGGGGACCCUGUAGCGAGUUCGAGAAGAACCGAAAGUGUGUUCACACGUUGGUGGUCGCCCUGGCGCGUUGGGAAGAGGAGGGUAUGCGAGAUGAAGGGUUGGAUGUCGGGCAGGUGGACGUGGAUGGAGAUAGAAUUCCAGACGGAACGCCGCCCACGGCGCAGAAAAUGCUCGACAAGGAUGCACCGGCGUAUCGCAAGGGCUUAGCAAACUGCCUGAACACCAUGUCAGUCUACAAGUUCCGGGAGAACCUCCCUUUCGGCCUGGGACGUCGUGGUGCCACCACCAACGCAAACGCCAGCAUCACUUACACUACAUCUCAGAAGACGUGUUCAGGGUGUGGUCGUGACUUCCCUACGGAGAAUCAGCAUACCGUGGUUGCAACUCGGUUGACAGAGGGGCCAGGCAUGUCGGAAGUGAACGUGCACACAAACGAUGUGAGACGUGCGGCAUCCACGGAUUGGCCAGAUACAACUGGCAGGAGACUGAUUUUUUCAACUGCAACAGCAGUUACAUGGUGGAGCUGUCUAUCCUGUACAGAUGCCUGGAGGCGUUCGCCAGGGGUACGACUACAAGCGCCUUCUUCGAGACGUUUUCAGAACCUUUGGCGAGUGACCUGGUCUGGAUCAAGGCGAACCCUGAUCUCAGCAAUAGGAUCGCAAACUGCACCAACUUGCUCAACAUGCUCCACAACUUUUUCUUGGCGUUCCUGGCCCUCAUCGACCACACCUUCGAGUUCCGGUGCUGGAUGUGGGGGAAGUUCCGCCGGUCCUCACUUUCGACGCCUGCAUGAAGAUCGCCUGCAACUUCGUGACUCUGGGGCAGCAGACGCCGGUUCUUGGGGUGUACGAUGCCGGACGCAAAGCGGUGGCGCACAUGGAAAAACACCUACCGGAGGUCCUUCAAACCGCGGGAGACCCACUCGGCUUGGCGACGACGGGGUGAGGGGGGGGCAGCGGGCAUAGCAAUGCUGCCUCAAAUAACACCGAGGAUGGCGAGCCCGCACCUACACCACGCGUCUUCUUGCCGGCGUUGGCACACCUCGGCAGCAACAGCGCAAGUACCACCGUCGAAGCACCGCAAGUUUCUCUACCUGUACCACCAAAGAGAGACAGCAAGUGGACGUGUAUGCCCUCAAAGCUGCU